AGUAGAUAUCGAUGCUCAAUGCGGUUCGCUGUGAGUCACAGUUUAGAGUACCUAAGCAGUGACCAUGAAUUACACCGCGUGCUUUUGUUUACCAGCUUUCAUGUUAGCUAGUUGGCUUGGCGGAGUAGCGUGAUUCAGACGCGGACAUUUAUGCAAGAUUUACAUAAGUCCGCGAUCCUUGCCGCUUGGUCCAGUUCGCGGAAGAGCCAUCGAUCAUAGACGCCAUCUUGAUACUGGCGAAGUUAUCCUGUGUGCCAUAAGGAUGGCUUCUAGUUUGCCCGAAGCGUACAAGCAAUACGUGAACAUAUUUUCUUAUUCGCUUGUACUUUAUUUUAUAUUUGUAUUUCGUAAGAGGAAUUUUGUGCUGUUCAUUAACACAGCUAAUUAAGAGAAGAAAGUGUCAAAUGUAUCAGAGGUGCAAGUGAAAGGAUGGCAGGAUAUAAAGUCUCUUUUCUAUCUUCUUUCUAUUUGUUUCUAGCUGCCUUUCCAGAGACGAUUAACAUUUUAGUUUACACGCGUCCACUAUGUAAACCUGUCUAGUUAAGAAGGUUUACCGCUUGGGAGACAAUUUCAAUCGCUUGCCAACACAGCGUACCAUUUCCUGUCAAACACGUUGUUUUAAAUCGUACAUUAUAUCCCGUGUAACCACACGUACAACGCGCUAUAUUAUAUUCAACCACGACAAUUUUAUCCAUCGACUGACUAUUUAUAAAAUAUUCACCAAACCUCCUACAAGAAUAUCGAUCAACUUCGAAAUGAAAUAAUUUUACAUUUAUCGAAACAAUUCCAUGUAGUCGAUAAAAAAAAAGAAGGGAAAAUGUUGCUAUCGAUCGACACGCGUCUCUAAGCGCCGCAAUUUCCGCAUUUAUCUGCUCGAUUAGUCACGCUCGACUUUUAGCCGUUCGGCGAUGGCAAUAACAGCGACCUGUCGCGCCAACGGAUAGCCUAUUAUUACACGAUAAAAAUUGUUUGUACACGACGCCCUCGAUAAUACGGAUUCUCCAUUAAUCUUCGAUUAAUCUUCGUUCAAUAAAUGUGACUCAUCAGGGAGGAAAAUGCCGAGAGGAGAGUCCUUAAAACUCGUGGCGUAUCGAAAGAUAGAAUUCAUACGGAAGCCUGGUUACCCGGUGAUCCGCGACGAUCAUUGCACGCUCGAGCAGAAGGGUGGCGAAUAUUUAUGUAUGCCCGGCGCGUGUUUCUCGUUAAGUGAUUCAUUCAUGCUGGAAUCCAUCGUGACGCGUUCCAUGCGUGUGUUCGAGACGAGGCUACACGGAUUCCCAUCGCGGCCAGGACUCAUCAGCGAACGAGUGUGGCAGGUGGUACAUGCACGAUGCAUCGCUCUCCUCCUCGCUGGUUUCCCUUCAGGAAGCGCAGGUGAACGAGAAGCAACGGUACGCGGCGUACGACCGGCAACCCUUUCGCUUUCACUCCGAAACGACCUGGUCCAACGGAACUUGGUGAAAAUAUUUUUGGUAUACACCGUGUAAAACGACACCUGUCAACGAGGGAUCCCGACCCUUGAUAAGUGGAACAGGGUAGAAAGGGUGCCCGUGAUUGACUUCGAUCGGGGUGGUGAAAUAUAUGGCUGUAUAUCAAGAGCGUUGCACAAGAAUAAAAUAUACCACUAUUUUAUUAUGAAGUUUGUAUCAAUAUAUGCACACGUCUCGUAGCUGAUCAAAUAUCAUUUCAAGAAAUUAAUCAAACACCUAUCACAAAUAAUCGUCCGUUAUUGUUGCGUACACCUGAUAUCUAUAACACUUUCGUUUGCUAAUAAAUAUGAUUGAUAAAAAACAGCUAUUGUAACAUGAAAUGACAAAAAUAAAGUCGCUGAGAUAUCUCUGGUGCUGUAUUGAAUAAACCUUACCCCUUAUCAUUGAUUUGAAAGAACGGUUUGUAGCAAUUAAGAGAAACGGUACCGUGUCUCUUUUACGACGGACAUGCCCGCAGGCAGGUGUGUGAAAAAAAAAAGAGGAAUUAGUAUUCCUUCGAGGGGUGAAGCUUUUCGACUAGUUAGGUGACUACUCGAUUUAUCGUCGGCGUUUAUCGCGACGCUUAUCGUUCAGGUGCUAGCCUCGAUACACGACUGUUUAGUCACCCGAUUCUGGGGAAAAAGGCAAGAAAAAAAAGGAAAAGAACGGACGCGGUGUGAUAAGAAUAGGUCGGCGUUGAUAAAAAGGAAAAA